GCCGAAACCGCUGUUCAUCACGUGGAAAGUGGUGGUCUUGGACACGCUAAACAAAUUGGUAGUCCUUCCAGAGAAUGGGAUAAGCCGAAAAUUCUCCUCCGUCCGAUCUCUUAUGAUUGGAGUCGACAAUUACCCACAGACAGCCGGAUCGCCUAUGCACAUCAAUCACUUGUGUUGGGUUAUCUUUGUGCUAUGCUGUCCGCCUCACCGGAGGAUGGAAACAAUGUGGAUUGGACACCCAACACACCGUGUUUGAUUGCCUGGUCUGGUCGAACCCUGCAGCAAUGGCCAACCUAUAUUCAGGACAUCUUGCGUGAUCACCCUGAGGUGCAGUUGCACUUAUUACCCCGUGUCACAUCCGGUGCUGCGGAAUCGACGGAAAGCAUAUUUAUGCACUUGACCUCGUACGAUUUAGUCCGUGGCUUCCUGGCUGACGGUACACGACGAAAGGAACGGGUUUUGCGCCAGUUUGUACUGGCACGUUGUUUACUCACAUGUUUGUAUGGAAUUUUUCACGAAUCACACUCGCGGUUGCUUUGA